GUUAAUCAACUGCACGCAUUUUCUCCUUUUUUAGUAAAAAAGAAAAAGGAGCUGUCUCCUCUCCGCCUCUCUCUUUACGCACACAAUCAAAAGCUAAAACGACAGAACAAACAAAGAAGAAGAAGAAGAAAUUCGAAUUAUUAUUGCAGAAAAUCUUCAAAAAAUAAAAUAAAAAUGCAGUUCUCUAAACUUGACGAUUCGCCGAUGUUUCGGCAACAGAUGCAAUGCAUGGAAGAAAGCGCGGAGGCAUUACGAGGGAGGUGUUUGAAGUUCUACAAGGGAUGUCGAAAGUACACAGAAGGGCUUGGAGAAGGAUAUGAUGGGGAUAUUGCUUUUGCGAGUGCGCUUGAAGCUUUUGGAGGAGGACAUAAUGAUCCUAUUUGUGUUGCUUUUGGAGGUCCUGUUAUGAACAAAUUCACAAUCACGUUGAGAGAAAUUGGUACAUACAAGGAAGUUCUUCGGUCACAGGUGGAGCACAUGCUAAAUGAUAAGUUGCAGCACUUUGUUAAUUUUGAUCUGCAAGACAUCAAGGAAGCACGGAAACGUUUUGACAAGGCUUCCGUGAUGUAUGAUCAGGCGCGUGAUAAGUUUCUUUCACUGAGGAAGAGUACUAGGAUGGAUGUAGCUUCUGCUAUACAGGAGGAACUGCACAAUGCAAGAUCCUCUUUUGAGCAAGCACGCUUUAAUUUGAUUAGUGCUCUUUCUGUUGUCGAGGCCAAGAGGAGAUUUGAGUUUCUGGAGGCUGUUAGUGGAACAAUGGAUGCUCAUCUUCGAUUCUUCAAGCAGGGAUAUGAGCUACUGCACCAGAUGGAGCCUUUCAUUAACCAGGUCUUGGCUUAUGCACAACAAUGUAGAGAAUGUUCCAACUAUGAUCAAGUAUCCCUUCAUGAAAGGAUGCAAGAGUUCAUGAAGCAUAUUGAUCAAGAAAGUAGGCAUUCUGUAAAUGACAUUUUCAGUUCUCCUCAUGAAGAGAGUGUGCGACCUGCUGCUAGGAGUUCACAAAAAGUGAUAGAGGAGGUUAUGCAAUCUGCUGCUAAGGGGAAGGUUCAAACCAUUCGACAAGGAUAUCUAUCAAAGCGUUCCUCAAAUUUGAGAGGUGAUUGGAAAAGAAGGUUUUUUGUUCUUGAUAAUCGAGGAAUACUUUACUACUAUCGCAAGCCAUUCAACUGGUCAUCCUCAGGUGGGAGUCAAUCCGCGGUACAGAGAAAUGGUUCUUCUGAAAAUGGUCACGGCUUGUUGAGUCGGUGGCUUUCUUCUCACUACCAUGGUGGUGUGCAUGAUGAAAAAUCUGUUGCUCGUCACACUGUGAACCUUCUGACAUCAACAAUAAAGGUUGAUGCAGAUCAAUCGGAUUUAAGAUUCUGCUUCAGAAUUAUUUCACCAAUGAAAGUCUACACUUUGCAGGCAGAGAAUGCACUAGACCAAAUGGACUGGAUUGAAAAGAUAAAUGGGGUGAUCACUUCAUUAUUGAGUUCCCAGAUAACUGAAAGAUUUCUUUCUUCUAGUCCGAUGGGAAGUGGUGACCAUCACUCUGUUAGUGAGAGUGGCUCGUUCAUAGAUUCUCCUGAUCAGACAGAGAUUGAGGAGUUCACAUUUGAUACUGAAAGUCAUUUACAUCCAACCAGAAGUUUGCGACGGCAAGAUUACACCAUAAAAAUUGAAAAGCCAAUUGAUUUGUUAAGAAGAGUACCUGGGAAUGACAAAUGUGCCGAUUGUGAUGCACCUGAACCAGACUGGGCAUCCUUAAACCUUGGUAUUCUUAUAUGCAUUGAAUGUUCUGGUGUUCAUCGUAAUCUUGGGGUACAUAUAUCAAAGGUAAGAUCACUAACACUUGAUGUAAAAGUGUGGGAUCCAUCUAUCUUAAACUUGUUUCAAUCACUGGGGAAUUAUUGUGCAAACACAAUUUGGGAAGAGUUGUUGCAUCCAACAAGUUCUACUUCUGACGAAGCACUCAGAUUUUCUAAGUCUGAUAGACACAAGCAGUUCCGUACAAGGAAACCCAAUCAAGAUGAUCCUAUCUCAGUGAAGGAGCAGUUUAUUCAUGCGAAGUAUGCACAAAAAGUUUUUGUGUUCAAGUCAAGGGACAAUCAACAUCCAGUGGUGCAACAGAUGUGGGAAAGCAUCCAUGCUAAUGACAAGAAAGGAGUUUACCGCCAUAUUGUCUGCUCUGGGAUAGAUGUCAAUGCCAUCAAUGGACAAGCAUCAUUUAGUGAUUCUUUGAACAAGCUAUCAGCAAGCUAUCUGACGUCAUUAAAUAGAAGUGAGGACCAGCUCAUAAAGGAAAUUUCUGAUGGAUGUCCUUUGCUUCACCUUGCCUGCCUAACAGCUGACAAUGGCAUGGUAGAACUACUCCUACAAUAUGGUGCAAAUAUAAAUGCUUCUGAUUCAAAAGGUCAUACAGCACUGCACUAUUGCAUUAUCAGCAAGAGGUAUCCUAUUGCAAAAUUGCUUCUUAGGAGGGGGGCCAAUCCACGAGCUGUGAAUGGCGAAGGUAAAACAGCACUACAGCUUGCACCAGGAUCAUCCAUUGAUGAUGGCGAGCUUGUUAUUCUGUUAACAGGCAAACUCUUUACCGAAAGACGGUGAAUGGAGUCUCCAAUUCCAAUCAAGGGACAACUUCUGUAUCAUAUUCUAGUUAUUGUAAAGUGGUUUCUUGUAUAAAAAAAUGAGACCAAAAUCUGUUUGAUUACAAGAUGCGGUGAUUGUCUGUUAAGUCAAUCUUCCAUCUUCAUGAGAUAUAUACGAGUUCAGUCUCUGUGUAAUAGCCAAAAUAGGUGCUUAAACUUUCCCCUUCAAGCUGACCUUUUUUAACCCAUCAGGAUUGUGUUAGGUUAUAGCUGUAAAGUUAUUGCUCAGCCUUAUCUUCUUAACUCCUUAGGAUUCUGGCAUGAUGUUGUUGUAAAGUUACUGCACUUCUGUUUCCAAGUUA